AUGGGUAAUUAAUGUUGCACAAAUCAACCUAUAGAGUAAAUUUGUUGAAUGAUUUGAAUAGAUAGGAUAAAUAGAUAGAAACAAAGCCUGAAGAUAUGAAGAAGUUAAUGUAAUAAGAAUCUAAGAACGAGGAAGAACUUCCAAAAUAAAUAACAUGUAAAAUUAGAUGAUAUUUUGAGCAAUUCCUACUUUAUCAGUGUAGCCAUCGUUAUUUAUUUAGAUGAAGAGAGAAACCAUAUAUAGUACUUAUUAAGUUGGAAAGUUAUUGGGGGAAGGUACUUAAACUUGUUAAUGAUAGGUGCAUAUGGACAAGUUUCGAUAGUAACUCAUAGAGUGACAGGAAUGUAGAGAGCAAUGAAAGCAAUACGCAAGGAUUGUUUAUUUGAAGAGGAAUAGGCAAAGUUAUUUUCUGAGAUGACAAUUUUGAAAAACUUAGAUCAUCCACAUAUUGUGAAUUUAUUUGAGUUAUAUGAAGAUGAGAAGUUUUAUUAUCUUAUAACAGAGUAAGUUUUGAAGGAUAUAUGUAGAUAUUUACGUGGAGGUGAAUUGUUUGAUCGUAUUCAGAAAGCAAAAAACUUUAGUGAAGCGGAUGCUGCAAGAUAUAUGAAGUAAGUAAUGUAGGCUGUAUGUUACUGUCAUUCGAAAAAUAUAGUUCAUAGAGAUUUGAAACCUGAGAAUAUCAUUUUUGCUUCAGAUGAUUAGUAUUCAAUUUUGAAAGUGAUUGAUUUUGGAACAUCUAGAAAAUUUGAGCAUAAUUAAAAUAUGUCGAAGAGAUUAGGAACGGUAUAUUAUUAGUGAUAAUUUUGUAACAGCCAUAUUACAUAGCUCCGGAAGUUCUAUAGAAGAAAUACAAUGAAAAAUGUGAUGUGUGGUCUUGUGGAGUAAUUCUCUAUAUUUUGUUGGCUGGUUAUCCUCCAUUUUAUGGAAGGAAUGAAACUGAAAUCUUUGAUAGAAUCUUAAAGGGUAAAAUCCCAUUUCAUAGUAUAUGAUUUAAUUAAUGAAGCUGCCGAAUGGAAUAAGAUUUCGAAGGAAGCCAAGAAUUUAAUCACUAAUAUGUUGUGUUUAGAUGUGGAAAAAAGAUAUUCAGCUUAAUAAGUAGUUGAUGAUCCUUGGAUAAAAUAAGGAUAAGAAUCUAAUUUGAUUGAUGAUAAUUUUUUAAAGAAUUUGACAGAAUUCAGUGCAAAGAGUAAAUUGAAGCAAGCUUUGUUGACAUUCAUGGCUAGUUAAAUGAUACAACCUAAAGAAGUGGAAUAAAUACAAUAAUUAUUUAAGUAAUUAGAUAGAAAUGGGGAUGGAAAAUUAUCUAAGGAUGAAUUGAUUACAGCAUUCUAAUAGAAAGUAUAAAGCGCAGAUAGAUUAAUUGAGAAUAUGGAAAUUAAAAUCAAUAAGAUAGUCUCAGAAAUAGAUGUGAACAUGUCUGGAUACAUAGAUUAUACUGAGUUUAUUGUUGCUUGUCUCAAAUAUGAGAAAUUGUUGACCAUUGAGAAAAUUAAGUAGACAUUCAAAAUCUUUGAUAUUGUAUAUACUUAGAUUUAUUUUAAUUAGGAUGGUGACAAUUUCAUCUCAAAAGAAGAACUAUAACAUAUUAUGGAAGGAGUGGAUGAUGAAGUUUGGAAAUAAUUCUUAGCUGAAUGUGAUCAAGAUAAUGAUGGUAAAAUAUCAGAAGAAGAGUUCAUCAAUCUUCUAUCAGAUAAAUUUUGA